UAACAGCAACUGGAUCGCUUGCUUUAGGCAUUAAUAUGCCUUGUAAAUCUGUCAUAUUUGUUGAAGAUUCACUUUACCUGGAUGCAAUAAAUUAUAGGCAGAUGUCUGGACGUGCUGGAAGAAGAGGGCAAGAUCUCAUAGGCAGUGUCUACUUUUACAACAUCCCUCAGCCCAAAGUAGAAAGACUUAUCAGAGCGAAUGUACCUAAACUAAAAGGCCAGUUUCCCUUAAGCAUCACUCUUAUUCUGCGUCUUAUGCUGUUGGGUGCAAAAGCUGAUGAUAUUGCAGAUGCUGAAGCAAAGUCCUUUUCUGUGCUGAAGCAUUCACUGUUGACCUUCAAUCAACCAAAGAAACUUCACAUGUUAAAGCUGUAUUUCCUGUUUUCUUUGCAGUUUCUUAUUGGAGAGGGAUAUCUGGAUCAAAAUGGCAUCCCUCAAGGAUUUGCUGGUCUAGUCAGCCAUCUACACUAUCAUGAACCUUCAAAUUUCAUGUUUGUCAACUUCUUGGUGAAAGGGCUUUUUCACAAAAUCUGUAAGCCAAUACCUUCCAAGAAAAAGGGUGAUUGGAAACAGUUUUCUGAAAAUGUGAUGACGGAUUUAGUACUAAUUUUAGCAAACCUUUUUGGAAGAAGGAUUCUUCAAUUAAAAAAUAAGACGAUGGGACCAUUCAAGCAAUCAACAGUGAUUCUUGAAGAUCUCCCUGAAGACUUUGUUGCUGCUGCAGUUGAGUACAACAAAAAUGUGCAACAGAUAUUUGGCAGUUUUCUUCUUUCUGUGGCCAAGCUAGCUGAUAUGGAACAAGAAAUGCAACUGCCUCUAUCAAAAACAACAUUUUCAGGUGUAGAGCAUUGGGAAUCCAGUUUUGCAUCACGUCUAAUGGCCUGUAAUAAGGAAAUAGAAGCAAUAUCGCCUUUUGCAGCACUUUCUGGAAACACCAACAAUGAUCUACUAGAUUCUUGCAAAGUUGAUAGUAUUCUUUUACAUACCAUUGGCGUCCACAUGCACAAUAUCCCUGUGUUUUAUAUGAAGCGGUUUGAUCACAAAGGAAGAGAACUGCCAUACAAUGCGUAUGCUCUUGACUUCUAUAAACACGGUUCACUGGAUGCAAUUACAGAUGACAAUAAAAUCAACCGAGGAGAAGCCUACAACCUUCUUAGAGACUUUUCACUCACCAUUUCAGCAAUCAGUGUCUCCGUAUGUGAACUGUGUGAAAAUGAAUAUGAUGAUGUUGUGCUGGCCUUUAAGCAACUGAACAGAAGCUACCGAGAAAAAUUUGUGAGCAUUCCUUACUAAGAACAUAAGUACCCUCCCUGAAGGAUACCACAACAACCAAGGGACAUGUUGCAAAAAUAGGGAGUAUCUGUGGCAAGCUGUGAAAGUACAGUAUUCCUGCACCUAACAGUCAAAUCAUUAUGUGCCUGAAGUGUUUAUGAAGUAUGUAGAAAUGGAACUGUAGACGUACAGUUUGCUUGUAAUUUUCUACUGCCCAGCAUUUAAUGGCUUUAAAGUCUAAUUGAAAAUAAUGUAAUGUAUGUCACUGUACCAGUGAAACAUCUUUGUUUUUAAAAAUAAAUGCCAAUAACAAUU